CCUUCAGGCGCGGGGACUAUGGUUUAUGCCUGCGGGGACGGGGAUUCAGGCCAGCAAUGACCGCACCACCGAGCUCUGGAAUCUGGUUUAGCCUACCCGCUUCUAGGGCACCAAAGAUGCUUCACUUGGAUGCUCCUGAGGGAUAUUUUGUGCCCUGUCGUGGACCGUGGGAAAAAGCUUCUGAGGUUAAAAUUGGAUAGAGUGUUGUCGCCACAUUGCUAUGUUGUGGAAGUGAGCCCUUUGUGGGAACAGGAGAUGGAAUGAGGCGAGGGGUGAGCUGAAGCUGUAAGUAGAAGUCCCUUCCCUCCCUCGGGAAAUGUUCUUUAAGGAGUAGUAUUUGGAUGAAAUGGAUGUUGAAGCUCUCUGUGGGAAGGGGGAAGGUGGUGCUUUGCAAUUUAGAAUUUGGGAGAUGUCAGUAUAGGAUUAGGCAAAAAGGCAGAAACAAGAACUGUAAGUGUUUGAUAGAUGUCUAAGAGAGAAGAAUAGUCUUUGCUCCUUAAAUUCCACGUUUCCUUGAAGCCUUAGUUUUGUAUGGGCUGAAUGGUGGUCCUGUUCCUGGGGCUGAGAUACAAAAUAAAUGCUAUAUUAUGUUACUGCUGUAAAUGUAGGAGGAAUAAAAUAAGAUCUCCCAAGGUAUAUCGAGCUGACUUAACAUUUGUCGACUUUUUUUUUUAAAUAUUUUAUAAUAAAAUGAUGAAAGUAGUACAAAAUAAAGAGAAAAUAGUUUGUGUUCUCCUUAGAAUGAGGGGCGCAUCACAAAUUUGGUAUCCCUGUGAAAAUCUGCUACAUUUGCUGGAGAAACCAAGAUCCACCCAUUUCUAACUCACUGUCCUUUGGCCUAAUGCUUUUAUCCAGGACUGGUGUUGCUUCCUUCUUUCCUAGUUUAUUGUUCCACAGGGGACUUUAAAAUCUGUUUUUAUACUCCACAUUCUGGACCAGUUCACCCAGGCACCACGCAUUGGAGUGAUUUGAUUCUUUAUUGGUGUGCUGACAAACUGUGAAAGAAGUGUAGGCCUGGCACUGAUAUGGCGACAUCUUUCAGGUAAUAUAGAUCGUCAAUAGAAAUAUUUCCCAAAAGAAGAAAUUGUUCAAGAGAAAUGUGAAAGUAGCAAAAUAAAAGUCAAAGAGAAUUGACAGCAGAUGCAGAGAACAGCAUUGAAAUUUUGCCUCCUUCAUUCAUUUAACAAAUUCAUUCAACAGUCAAACUUUAACGAAAACCUAUCCUGUGACAGGUAUUGUGCUAAGCACUAAAACACAUCAGUGAACAAAACAGACAAAAUCUCCUGUCUGAAUACAGCUUGAAGUGAUGAUGUCUUCCAGCUUAAAUAUAUUCAGAGUUGGGAUCUCUUUUGUCAUGAUGUGCAUUUUUUAUAAGUCAACAGGAGACAUUCUACCAGAAUUGAGUCCUCACAAAUAUUUUAGUACACUGCAACCAGGAAAAGCCUCUUUAGCUUAUUUUUGUCAAGCUGAUUCUCCAAGUACCUCUGUAUUUCUUGAAGAACUGAAUGAGGCUGUUAAACCUCUCCUGGACUAUGGAAUUUCAGUUGCAAAGGUUAAUUGUGUCAAAGAAGAAACAUCAAGAUACUGUGGAAAAGAAAAGGAUUUGAUGAAAGCAUAUUUAUUCAGGGGCAACAUUUUACUCAGAGAAUUCCCUACUGAUACCUUGUUCGAUGUGAAUGCCAUCAUUGCUCAUGUACUUUUUGCUCUUCUUUUUAAUGAAGUAAAAUAUAUUAGCACCUGGGAAGACCUUCAGAAUAUAGAAAAUGCUCUAAAAGGAAAAGCAAAUAUUGUAUUCUCAUAUGUAAGAGCCAUUGGAACAUCAGAACACAGAGCAGUCAUGGAAGCUGCUUUUGUGUAUGGGACCACAUACCAAUUUGUCUUAACCACAGAAAUUGCAAUUUUGGAAAGAAUUGGCACUGAGGACAUAGAAUAUGCACAUCUGUACUUUUUUCAUUGCAAACCCCUCUUGGACUUGACCCAGCAAUGUAGAAGAACACUAAUGGAACAGCCAUUGACUACACUGAGCAUUCAUCGAUUUAUAAAAACAAUGCAAGCACCUUUGCUGACUGAAGUUGCUGAAGAUCCUCAGCAAGUUUCAACUGUUCAUCUCCAACUAGGAUUACCACUGGUUUUUAUUAUUAGUCAAAAAGCUACAUAUGAAGCUGAUAGAAGAACUGCAGAAUGGGCUGCUUGGCGCCUUCUAGGAAAAGCUGGAGUUCUGCUCUUGUUAAGGGACUAUUUGGAAGUGAAUAUUCCUCAGCAUGCUAACGUGGUCUUCAAAAGAGAAGAGGGAGUGCCAGUGGAAUUUUUGGUGUUACAUGAUAUUGAUUUAAUAAUAUCCCGUGUGGAAAGUAAUAUGCAUAUUGAGGAACCCCAAGAAGAUGAAGACGAUGAAGAUGAUGACAUGGAGGGUCCAGACAUGGAUAUUCAAGAUGAUGAAGUGGCUGAAACUGUUUACAGAGAUAGGAAGAGACAGUUACCCUUGGAACUCACAGUAGAACUAACAGAAGAGACAUUUAACAUAACAGUAAUGGCUUCUGACAGCAUAGUGCUCUUCUAUGCUGGCUGGGAGGCAGUGUCCAUGGCAUUUCUGCAGUCUUAUAUUGAUGUGGCAAUCAAAUUGAAAGGCACAUCUAGUAUCCUACUCUGUAGAGUAAACUGUGGAGAUUGGCCUGACAUAUGUACUGAGCAAAACAUUACUGAAUUUCCUAUUGUGAAAAUGUACAAGGGAAGUGAGAACCCAGUAUCUUAUGCUGGUAUGUUAGGAGCUGAAGAUCUUCUAAAAUUUAUUCAACUGAACAGGAUUUCAUGUCCAGUGAAUAUAACAUCUGUCCAAGAAGCAGAAGAAUAUUUACUUGGGGAAUUACAUAAAGACCUGAUCUCCUAUUCUAGUGUGUCAGUACUGGGAAUUUUUAGCCCAACCAUGAAAACAGCAAAAGAAGACUUCAUUGAAGCAGGAAACUACCUAAAAGGAUGGGUCAUCACUGGAAUUUAUUCUGAAGGAGAUGUUUCGAUACUGUCAAAUAAAUAUGCGGCAACUGUUCCAGCCCUGCUGCUUGCCAGACACAAAGAAGGCAAAAUAGAGAGCAUUCCACUAGCUAACACCCAUGCACAAGACAUAGUUCAAAUAAUAACAAGUGCAUUACUGGAAACAUUUCCAGAAAUCACUGUGGAAAAUCUUCCUGCUUAUUUAAGACUUCAGAAACCAUUACUUAUUUUGUUCAGUGAUGGCAGUGUAAAUCAUAAGCAUAAAAAAGCAAUAUUGAACCUGGUAAGACAGAAACACUUGGAUUCACUUACUCCUUGCUGGUUAAAUCUAAAGAAUACUCCUGCGGGAAGAGGAAUCUUGCAGGCAUAUUUUGACACUCUACCUCCCCUUCCAUGUCUUGUUUUGGUGAAUCUACAUUCAGAUGGCCAAGUAUUUGCAUUUCCUUCAGACCAGUCUAUAACUGAGCAAAAUAUUUUCUUGUGGCUUAAGAAAUUGGAAGCAGGACUAGAAAGUCAUAUCACAAUUUUACCUGCUCAGGAAUGGAAACCUCCUCUUCCAGCUUAUGAUUUUCUAAGUAUGAUGGAUGCCGCAACAUCUCAGUAUCCCACCAGGAAAGCUCCUGAGGUUAUUAAAGAAACUGAUGUGCAGGAAAAUGAUAAGAAACCACAUGAAGAUAAAUCAGCAGUCAGAAAAGAACCUACUGAAACAUUAAGAAUAAAGCGUUGGAACAAAAAUACUUGGUUUAAAGAUGCAGAAAUAUCAUUUAAACAUGAUAAAGAGUUAUGAUGCUCAAAAGAAAGCUAAUUUCAUAGGGCUAUGGGAAGCUUUUGAAAGUAUUUUUGGCUUUUUUUGAUAGACUAAAGAAUUUAUUUCUUUAAAAACAUUUUAAUAAAUCAUUUCAAGUUUCCAGACCAGUUCUGUCCAAUAGAAAUAUGUGAGCCACAUAUGUAAUUUUGAAUUUUCUAGUAGCCACAUUAAAAAAAGUAAAAAUAGGUGAAAUUAAUGUUUCAUCCAGUAAAUAUAUCCAAAAUAUCAACAUGUAAUCAAUAUAAAAAUUAUUAAUGAGAUAUUUUACUUUCUUUUAUUCAUACCAAGUCUUUAGAAUCCAGUGUGUGUUUUAUACUUACUGCACAUCUCAAUUCAGACUAGCCACAUUGCAGGUGCUCAGUAGCCACAUGUGGCUAGUGACUACUGGAUAGCUCAGCUCUAGACAAAAACACAUAUAAUUAAUUUAACAUAGUUAAAGCCAUGAUAUAUAUUUGAAUUAAAAUUAAAAUGUAACUCUAGUCACAGUUGGCUCAACAGUGGAAUCAUACAGCUAUCAGCUGUAUUUUUUUGUUUAUUCACAACAUACGCAUCUGCGUAUGUUGGAACAUUUGGCAAUGUCUGGAGACAUUUUUGAUUGUUAUGAGUAGGGGUGUGCUACUGGCAUCUAGUGGGUAGAAGCCAGGGAUGCUGCUAAACAUCCUACAAUGCAUAGGACAGAUGCUCAUAACAAAGAUGUAUAUGGCCCAAGGUUGAGAAACCUUGUAUUAAAUUAACCUGUGGCAGACUCGGUUUCUGGUUCUGCUUAAUUAUGUCUGAGAAAAAUCUCGAAUAGUAAAGAAAUGUUAUGUGGUCUUAUCCUGAUUAUUAUCUGGAUACAGCUUUAUCUUAUCAAUUCAUUUUUUUAUAUUAUUUUCAAAAAGCAAUGAGAAGUAACCCUAAAAAGGACUCUUAAAACCUUCUCUUAUUUCCAUGUUAUAUUGUUACAUUUCAGAUUGAAUAGGAAUUAAGCAUUCUUCCAUCCUCCUCACAAAAAGCAAGGACUCUCCAUCUGUACCAUGUAUGAAAUGUAGCCUUGUAAAGUCUUGAGCAAAUCAUUUGGUGCCCCUUGGAUCAUAUGGCAUCAUAUAUAAAAUGAGAAGGCUAUAUUAGCCAAAAAAUUAAGUUUUAAUUUAAAAAGCACUUACUUGUCAGGCUGAUCUGCUUAUAGCAGUUGUUUGUCUCAUUUUUGCUGUAUGCAUUUUUUGACAUUUGUUGAGAAUGUCCUAGUUGGUACUCCACUAUAUUUCUCCUUAUACUAUCUACCUGGGGUAUGUUGUUCUUGAAAUUUUCUCCACAUAUGGUUUGUCUAGUAUAAGUGAGUUCCACAACUGGAAAAAAAAAAUGUAGAGGGGGUGACAUCAUCAACAUGGUGACGUAAACAGCUACUGAAAACUUCUCUCCAUAGAUUCAAUGAAAAAAAGGACAAUUCUGAAUUGUUUUAAACUCUGGAGGAGGAUAUAGACUGGAGAAGGACCCUGCAGAUGCCAAAUUGAAGAAAGAGAAGAAAUACCAGUAGGAAUCAUCCAUUCUAGACCAGCUGGUCCUCUCACCUCCCCCUCACUUGGUCUCAGGGUGGGAAAGGCACAGAAUCAGCAGACAGGACCCCUCCCACCAUGGACACAGAAUACAAAAUCUCUUACAGCUGUGAGACAUACACCCACUGUUUGAAGACCCAGGGGACAGAAGAGGACAUUUCAAGACCCAGUUAAGUGAGAGGGACAGACUAAGAAAACAUGGACAGACUGCUUCCAGCCCUGCAUGUGAAAGCCCUUACCCCACCCUGAAGGAAACAGCAGCGGGCAGCCAUUGCCUUACCUUGGGGGUGACUGAAAAACUGGGACAGCUGGGGGAGUCCUCUGCCACAGGUGUAGCCUUACAUCAAGUCAGAUUUUGGCUGGCGAAGUGAGGGCAUGGGAAUCCUGCAGUUUCAGCUCAUGUGUAUAGGCGCAGCCUGUGCUUGGAGGCAAAGCAGCCUGAGGACAGUUAAGUUACUGAGCAGUGCCAUCUGCUGGACAGUCUGGAAAGUGCAAGGGAGUAGAAACACUUAUAAAGAUUCUCCAGACACUUUAUUAGGACCACAGGAGCUGGUCUUCAUGUCUUGCCAGAAAUCUAGUCCAGUUUUGGCUGAGAAAUAUGGACAACCCAACUAUUAAAACAGGACUGUAAAACAAACCCAGGUCUUGCUCACCAGUGUAAAACAGCACCAUUUGAAGCCAGAAGAUCUAUAUUACCACACGCAAUGAAGUUGCUUGGGUGCCUACCUCCCAUCCCUGUGGCAGGCCACAGUGGGUGCCAGAUUUGGGGGUAAGACUGGGAGUCAGAGCCAAUCUGACAACUGGCCAGUGAGAGAAACAAAGAAAUAUAGAGUUUAAAGAAAACCAGCAAGAAAACCCAAGGCAAAAGAGAGAAAACCUCCAGAAUGUACUAAUGAAGAAAAUCAGG